UCUCUCUCUCUCUCUCGUUAAUUUUGGGUUAUGAAUUGCUGUUCUGCAUACAGUAUCACAGAAACUAGAGAAAUGGAGGAGGGUUUGAGAACAGUGGAGUGCCUCAGAGGAAGACUCCUUGCAGAGAGACAGGCUUCCAGAUUUGCUAGAGAACAAGCUCAGCUCAUGGCCAACAAGUUGGUGGAACUAGAGAACCAGCUGCGAGAAGAGACCCAAAUGACGGCGAAAACAGAGAAGAAGCUCGAGUUCCUGAAGAAGAAGCUCGAGACCCUGCUAAUCUCACCCGCAUUGCACGAACCAGAGCAAUCCAGCAUCUGCGGAACCGGCAUCGUUUCCACCGAUUCGUCUUCCACAGUCACUAUCGCCUCCGAACCCAAAAUUACUGAAGAAGCCGAGGUAGAAUCUAAGUCCCGUUUCGAGAACAACGGCGCAUCGCCCCAUCUGGAGCUUAAUGCGUCUAAAAGAACUCUCGCCGGAGAUAAGCGCGAUUCCGACGCCAGAGAUUUUUCCUGUGAGAAAUCGGGCCACGCAUUCAACGAAUUCAAGACAGAUAGCCAUAGCUGUACAAGCACGAGGAAUUCGGUGACGGAGAACGAGAACAGUUCUGACUAUGCUGAUCAGGUGGACGAUUCACUAGCGUUAGUUCCAGUCACUUUGGCAGAAGCAGAGCCAGAGAGCAAAGAGCUGAAUGCGAAGAUGAUGAUAAUGAGUGCGAGCGUCAGUGAAGUGCUCGACGCGCUGAGGCAUGCCAGAGAAAGCAUUCGGAGAUCAAUGGAGAAGCGAAGCUGCAUGAUUAGAGUCGGCCCACCUCCUCAAGCUGCCCAGCUCUGUUAACGAUUUCAUGUUUGUUUAGAUGGCGAUAGACCCUUAAUUGAUAGUCUAGUGUAGUCUCUGUUUCCUUUUCCUUUU